AAUAUAUGAAAAAUGUAUCUGAUAAGUAAUGUAUCCUGAUCCUUAUGAUAACACUAUAUAAAAAGAAAGUCGCAAACGGUUCUGCAUUCAGUGCCUUCUUCAGGGUUACAUAAUGAAUGCUUGAACCAGGGGUGUGGUGUUCAACGUUUAAUUCAACGGAAACGGUACUGUACUGAACGACCAGUUGAAGAAUUAUGGUGGCCCAGAGGAAGAUUGUGCAUGGUGUUCUGCACGACGUUUUGCAAUUUCAAAUGGUUUCACACCCAUAUUGAUCAAGCCACACCCAUCAAAUGGGAGCAAAUGUACCACAAAGGCUGUUGAAGAACGGUGCCCACCGUUUUGGGGAAACGUGUUGUUCAGUACAAACUGUCACUCAACAUAGCAAACGCUGAACCGAACUGAACGUACCCCAGGUUAUGUAAAUAAACAGUGGAAUUAGUGCAACCAAUGAACACAUAAUAAUCAUAAUAAUUGGGGUUGAGGGAUGAAAAAGUAGAACUAUAAAACAAAUAAACAGCAUAUCAAGAUUACCUCAUGAUAACACUAUUCUGUGAUUUUCUCCAUCAGGUUAUCAGCAAUGCGUUAUCAGUGUGGGGUUUGGAGCUGACCCUCUUCAACAGUCGAGAGUACCAGAGGCUUAUGAUAAACCCAAUAAAUGAAAAGGCAUUUAUAUGCAACUACAAGGAGCACUGGUUUACAAUACGAAAACUUGGGCAACAGUGGUUUAAUUUGAAUUCAUUAUUGACUGGACCAGAGCUGAUAUCAGACACAUACUUAGCUCUCUUCCUUGCACAGUUACAACAAGAAGGGUAUUCCAUAUUUGUGAUCCGAGGAAAUCUCCCAGAGUGUGAAGCAGAGCAGAUACUGGGGAUCAUGAAGGUGCAGCAGCAAGAGAGACCAAAGCUGAUUGGAGAGGACAAGGCUCAGUCGAGUAGUGGCAUGGGCAGAUCAUCAGGGCAGGGUAGUGUGCUGGAGACAGGCCCUGGCAUGGAAGAGGGUGUGGUGGAAGAGGAUGAGGAGGAGCUGAGGAAGGCCCUGGCCCUGAGUAGACAGGACAUGGAGGUGGAAGAUGAAGAGGCUGACCUUCGCAGGGCCAUACAGCUCAGCAUGCAGGGUAAGGCUGUAUUGGGGCCAGUAAUGAGCGAUAAUUCAAUGCCGAAAGGGGGGCUUAUUGCCAAGACAACAUCGUCAGACCAGGCACCAGGGAGUACUGCAGUAGGAACACCUCAGAGUGAGAAACUCUCAGCCGAGGAACUGCGAAGGAGGAGACAAGCCUACUUUGACAGACAGUCCCAACAGCUGGCUAAGCCCACUUCACCUCAACAACCUACAGAAAGCACAGGAUCCGGGAAGAUUGCCACAGAGGAGGAUGCACAAGCCAAACGCAGCCAGUAAGGUGGAGGGAGGUCCAGCAGAAGCCUACGUUGACUACUACCUGCCUUGGCUGGUACCCCCAUCACGGGGAAACCUCAUCCCCUUCUCUAACCCUUCCAAUGAGUGAACAUUAUUGCCGGCCAGAAGGUUUACACAGCUCUCUUGGCUAGUUCGCUGACAAGUUGUAGAGAAGAGAAUAACAACAAAGAAUAAAGUGCGAGUCUCAUCUAACACAAGUGACGCUGAGGCCAGGAAGAGGGCCUCAAGUCUGUGACGGCCUUUCUACCACAGCGCCUUCUUUGUCUAAUUUGUGUGUUGUUGUUUUUUAUUCCUACGCUUGUAAUUUACCUCUGGGAGGGGUCUUAAUGGCGCCUACUGUGCCGAGGUGUGUUUGGUGGGGGGUAGAUGGGCACAAUGGUGAGGUGUGUUACAGACAGGAAACCAGGAAUUACCUAGGAUAAUCCUCUAGCCUUCAGUAUGGGAGUGCUACAUGGGACCACUGGUUCGAUUGAGGUAGAGGUUUGAUAGAGACCAUCAUGUAGAGGUUUGAUAGAGACCAUCAUAGUCUCUUACCUUCUCUUUCACUUGGGUCUUGUAAGAGGUCACCAUUUCCCCCAAAAAACGAAUUAAAGAAUAGAUUGGUAUCCAGUAGUGAGGUGAAUUCAUUUUUAGCUGUAUUAGUGCAUAAUGAAAAGAAACAUGUUAUAUAAACAGCAAUAUGUUGUGUGGGUUAUUUUAAAGGACUGAUCCGACUUGCCACAGCUAUUUUAUUAAGCACCCAGGCCACCACCAUGGUUCACAAACUGAUUUGGUUUUUUGAAGAUGUAUAGAUAAACACUUUUAAUACAGUAAUAAAGUGAACAAUGUCAUUUAUAAUUAUUGUGUUUACAUGGAAUUUGCCAGUUCGGAUGUGCCAAUUCAAAGCAUGUAUUUCACGACACCCCCCCUAAAAAAUGUUUUUGCCUCUACAGAAAUAGAACUACAGUACAGUAAUAUCCCAUGUAGAGUUUGAGAUGUGCUCAAAGUUAACUUCUCAGCUAAUUUCAUGAUUUCAUUCUCUUCUUGAUUCUUGAAAGUGUUCUUGUUUUAUUAGAGAACAAAAUUGUUACUACAGUUGUGAUCCCGCAAUGCUUUGUGUUUUUUAUGAUUGCAUAAUUUUCACUUCUUUACAUUCUUCAAUAGGCACUAAACAAUCAGAUGUUUGUUAUACUCCACAUCCCCAUGUUAUUACAUCAUUCUCAUUCCUUUGCUGUAUCUAAAACAUUUCUUUCCAGGAAUAAAAUUAUAUUUGCUCUUA